GGCCACUUGGAUGUUGAAACAAAUCUCUUUCUCCGCGGCGGCGAUGGCGACGGCGGUGUGUCUUCCGUUAGGGUUCGAUUCGAGAAGAUGAUAAGAGAAGCGCAUGAUAGUGUUUGUAAUGCGAUUGAAGCUGCUGACGGUGGUGGAAAGUUUAGAGAAGAUGUUUGGUCUAGACCUGGUGGUGGUGGGAUCAGUAGGGUUCUUCAAGAUGGUGACGUUUGGGAGAAAGCUGGUGUUAAUGUUUCUGUUGUUUAUGGUCAAAUGCCUCCUGAUGCUUAUCGUGCUGCUAAAGGUGGUGCUGAUAAUGAUCAGAAGCCCGGUCCUAUUCCGUUUUUCGCCGCCGGAAUCAGAUCGGUUUUACAUCCAAAGAACCCAUUUGCCCCAACCUUGCAUUUCAAUUAUCGCUAUUUUGAAACUGAUGCCCCUAAAGAUGCUUCUGGAGCACCUAGACAAAAUGAUUUCUACCUAUAAAAGUCAUGGAUAAUGUUACUGCUGCUGGUGACCUAUGUGCCAUAUGCCAGGAGAAGAUGCAUUCACCUAUCUUAUUGCGUUGCAAACACAUUUUCUGCGAAGAUUGUGUAUCUGAGUGAAUUUACCUCAUGUUGCUGGGAUUGCUGGUCAGAGUAAUCAUGGUGCUCAAUCCGUUGCUCUCUGGCGGAUAUGUUGAUGACGAAGACCAUGGUGAGUGGUUCCUUUAUACUGGAAGUGGUGGAAGCGAUCUCAGUGGUAACAAACGAACCAAAAUAAUCAGUCCUUUGAUCAGCAGUUUGAGAACAUGAAUGAGGCUUUGAGACUCAGCUGCAAAAAAGGCUAUCCAGUUCAUGUUGUAAGGUCCCACAAGGAGAAACGCUCCAAUUAUGCACCUGAAGCUAGUGUGAGAUAUGACGGGGAUUAUAGAAUUGAGAAAUGCUGGCGUAAAGUUGGAAAGCAAGUACACAUAAUUCAUGUUUCUAAUAAUCUUUCUUUGCAUCAAUUUUAAAAUUUAGUAUUUAUGAUUUACAAGUUGAAAACAAGUUGGGCUGAAUUUAGUAUUUAGUAUUUUAAAAUUUAAUUAACGCCUUGAAAACAA